GGUGUUUUGCGACAGUUGCGACACGGGCACGCGCUGCAGUCCGCUCUGCCGUUUGUUUCGGUCGGUUUGAUUUGAGUGUCGGCUCGUGACGUGUAUAUUUACAGAGCUUUGAAGUGGAGUGUAAACAUAAACAAGCGACACUCUGAGUGAGGGAGGAAGCGCUGCACGUGAACUCGGGCAGAUUAAACUCGAUAAUAAAAAAACGGGUGAGAGCUCGUGCAUGAGGAACUGCAGUGUGUGUUUUACUAAACCCCCCCAUGCUUUAUAGGGAUUUACUUACACACACACACACACACACAGAGCGCUGCACGGUGUGCUGAGUCAGUGUGUUAAUUAUAGCAGUGAGGAGCUCGAGCGCGAGGUUGGAUCUCUGAGAUCGCGCUAACUGGCACAGGAUGGGGGAGGCGGUGGCCACCGUCGCCCGGAGGAUCAACGCCACCAUGGAGGAUGGGUUAGACACGCUGGAUCUGUCAGACUGUAACCUAAUCAGCUUUCCUGAUGGCGUCUUAAAAAUGAUUCGCAGCUGUGCAGAUAAAAUACACACCAUCACACUGGCUAACAACAAACUCAAGAGUUUAAGCAGCAAGUUCUUCACCAUGUUCACCCAGUUAAGAGAGCUGGAUGUACAGGGCAACACGCUGACUAAACUUCCAGACGCUGUUGGAGACGUGCAGCAUCUCACCAGCAUCAAUUUGUCUAAUAAUAACUUCAGUGUUUUUCCUGAACAACUGACAAACAUACAGACGCUGCAGAACAUCAACAUGUCAGGAAACCAGAUCGCAGAGGUCCCGUGGGAACGUGUCUGCGCGAUGUCGUCCCUUAGCGCUCUGGAUUUGAGAUCUAAUCCACUCACUUCAUCACCACACACUUCACAUAGCUUUACUCUAAUCACAUAGACACACACACACACACAGCAGUCAUCUGGGGUAGCUCUCAGUCCAGGGCUGUGUCCCAAACCUCAUGCUAGUGUAGCUAAUUAGCAUGGCACAAUAAUAAAGAAUUACUAUAUUUA